UGAAUGGCGCAUGCGCAUAAACUCGAAUUUCGAGAUUAAAUCGAAGUGCCUGUUCGUACCACCAUUCUGUUUUAUUUCUGUAUGUGUGGUUAGGUGGUGGGUCAGUUUAGAUGUGUGUAAAUGUACGGGUUUCUUCUCCCAUUGCCAAUAAUACGAGAGUAGUAUCGAAAGAUUUUGCAAGUUUCAAUGACCUUUCUUAAUUUCGCGUAAUUUUCGUUCGUAUAAUAUAAAAGUAUUAGUCUAGUUUUAAAAAAAAGCUAAAUUAUUAUCGAAUAGGAUUUUAAAUUGGUUGGAAUUCAAGUAAAUGUGAACAUUCAUUUCGUAGUGUACUUGCCAACUUGUAAACGCAUACAUAUGUAUAAAUAGAUGCAUUUUUCAUCAUGCACGAUCAAACUUUCUUUAUUGACAUCUAUGAAUGAUAUGCAAAUAUCAUUUUCAUCGGAUAUUUGGCAUCAUCUUAUUACUAUUUGCACUGACCUAUCUCUAACAAAGCUGUAACUAAAGUAUUAAGGAUUGCAGAUAACUCAAACAGAUAUUCUGACAAUCCUUUAUAUGAUCGUGCAGUAAAAAAGCAACGUGAAAUGGCAGAGGAGUGUAAUGAGGUUAAAUCAACAGGACCAUCUUCGCCAAGAAGUCCGCUCAGCAAUGGGACAGGGACUAAAGCUUGUAGUCCACAUUCUCCACGGCAGCCAAGGCGUAUAAAGCUUACAGGACAACAAUUGGAUAGCUUAACUAAAGACGAAUUGGCAGUCAAGUGGCAAGAACAGGACUUAUAUGUGGAAUAUCUAGAGGCCCAAGCAGCAGCCCAGGAAGGUGAAUUAGCUACAUUGAGAGAAUCCGAGGAUAAAUUCAGACAACAACAUAUUGAAGCUUCUCAUCGUGAAAAAAUCUUAGUGAGAAGGCUUGCCUCUAAAGAACAAGAACUUCAAGAAUGUGUCAAUCAAAUAUCAGAGAUGAAAGCAGCUCAAGUACCAUCUGUUACUUCUUUGAGAUCUGCUUUGCUAGAUCCUGCUGUUAAUCUUUUAAUACAAAAAUUGAGGCAAGAAUUGGUCACAACUAAAGCUAAAUUAGAAGAUACACAGAGCGAACUAAGCGCAUGGAAAUUCACACCAGAUAGUAACACCGGUAAAAGAUUGAUGGCCAAAUGUAGAUUAUUAUAUCAAGAAAAUGAAGAAUUAGGUCGAAUGAUAGCUAGCGGAAGAAUUGCUAAAUUAGAGGGUGAACUUGCAUUACAAAGAAGUUUCAGUGAAGAAGUUAAAAAAUCUCAAUCAGAGUUAGACGAAUUUCUUCAAGAUUUAGAUGAAGACGUGGAGGGUAUGCAAAGUACAAUAUAUUUCCUGCAGCAAGAAUUACGUAAAGCACGAGAGUCGGUUAUUUUAUUGCAACAAGAAAAUACGGUAUUGAAAAUAAAUUCUGGUGAUAAUAAUUCAAUGAAUCUAACUAAUGGAUUGUCACCCCAUACACCAUCAAUCAAAAAGGAAAAAUCCGAGGAAAACUUAGCAGUAGAUGUUAAGAACUCAAAAUUGACAGAAGGAAGUGAUAUGUGUAAAACAACGAGAACUUCACCGUUACUAGAUAAUAAAUUACUUCAAAGUGAACACGCAAGCAUUGAAAGAGUAGAUCGGAUAGAUAGAAAAACAAAUCAAACAGAUCAUAACGAUGAGAGCUCAAGCGAUUCGGCUGCUUUAAUAAUUAAAGUUGAAAAUGAAGAGUUGAGUGAUAGGGAAGAAGAUCACGAAGAAAAUCAAAAUAAUAAGAAAACGUCGAGGACUAAGAGUUACGAUAAAUACAGUGGAAAAACUAACGGGGAUGAAGUAUUGACUAGAGCAACUAGGGGUAGGGAAAGGACGAAAAGGGACAAAAGUGCACCUAGCAGUGACGACGAAAGGACGCAUAAAAAGAAAAGAAGAGAAAGUGUUCUUUCUCUAGAUUAUAAUGAUGCUGACGAUGAUGCAUUAGUUCUGACUAAUGGUGAAACUCUUCAAAGUGAUCCUGAGUGAAUAAAAAAGAAAUAAUCUCUCAAUUACAUGUAUACAUUAUCGUUUCAUCGAACGUGAUUUUUUAAAGAACUAAUGUGGUUUACAAUAUAGGAUUAAUGUCAAUUGUACAAAAAGAAAAAAAGAAAAGCAGAAUUUGUACUUAUUUCUUGGUAACAAAAUUCUGUGCUAAUUCUAAUCUUAUAGUAUUAGUUCGUAAACAAAUUAUCAUAUGUAACUUUGUACUUCUGAUACUAUUGGUAAUCUUUUGAUUGAGUCUAAUAAGCUAUUCUCUCAUUUUCAUAUUUCAUUAAAUCACUCUCAGUGUAUAUUAUAUUGUAUUAUCCGUAUUUUUUUCUAUCCUGUUCUAUUCUAUAGUAUUACAUUUCAAUUCAUUCUACUUUUUGACGUUUAUAUAAAUAUAUACAUAUAAUUGAAACAAAUUUAAUUUGUAAAUAAAAAUUUGUGAGUCACACAUGAUCUAAAUUGUGAAAUAAUCUAAUUACGUACUAGUUAAUUAUCAAUGGAUAAUUUAGGUGAAAUAAGGGUAUUUUUGAAUAUUAUUUUUUAAUAAUUAACCAAAUUUAUUUCAAAAUUGCAUGAAAAUUAAUUUAUUUGUACCUCAUUGAAGGAAGUAAUAAAGCAAAAACAAACAACAGUGAAAUAAAUAAAUUUUUAGGUAGCUCUUUAUAUACACAUACCUAUACAUACUAAACACGCAUACACACUAAAUAAUUAUAUUAUUCUCAUUAGUAUAUAGAAAAAAUAUCUUUACGGGUAAUAUAUACAAAUAACCCUUAAAGAUAAAUCUAGUGUUUAUUGCGCGUGUGUAUGACCUAUGUUGUUCUCCAUAUUAAACAUGUGUAUGCACGCACAUGUCAUGUAUGAAUUGUGCUUUCAAUUAUGCGUAGGAAGAUCUAUUUGUUAGUCUAUAAAAUACUUAUAAAAUAUAUACAAACAAAAAAUAAA